AUGACGGAUUGGCUGUUCCUCAGCUACGAUCACCCUGACCACGCAAGAAGUCGACAAGCUCGGAGAACGAUUCGUGCCCAUAUCACGUCACGGCAGCAUGCGUUGAAUCGACAAUCUCCGCCUAAAACGUCAUCGAGCGGUGAUGCAGCCAGCAAGCCACAUGAGUACGAAGAUGAACACGGCCCCUUGUCUGCUUCCAGAUCGUCCACCAGCCAACUUCCCUCUAGACCUGGCACCCAGACUUCUAGUGCAAAGCCACGCCUGAGACCAAAGCCACCCUCGCCGCAUAUUUCACGCUUGGUGCCGGACGAAGAGGACGAGGCUUUAGACGGCAACCAUUCUCCGAAGACAUGCAGCAAAACGACACGCAACAAACGGCCACGUUCGACUACCACGACAUCAAUACCAACAGAGGUUGACCUCAACGUCGUACCGGUCCCGCGAAGAGACUGGUACGAAUGGCUUCACGACUACUGGUUCGAAGGGACACUGCCAAAGGCCAAGGGUCGUUUGAAAGUGAAUGACGACCAGCUGCGACGAUACAUCUCGUGGACCCGGCGCCUACAAAUUACUGAACCGGCAAUGUACUACAUGUCUCUACUGCUUGCCACAGGCAUUCCGGUAUCGAACGGUCAAUUCCCGCUGGUGAAAGCGCUCUGGCUACGAGGGUGUGCGAUUGCGGCAAUCAACGAAGCGCUUGAUGAUCCUGAACGAGCUACGAGCGAUGCCUUGAUCCAAGCCGUGGGGUUUGUCGCUCUGCAUGAGCAUAUCUACGGAGACAGGACUGCCGCCCAUGAGAUCCACCGCCCUGCACAGAAUCGCAUGAUCAAGUUGCGAGGCGGUAUUGAAAGACUCGACCUUCCGAUGGAAGUCAGACAGAUCAUGGUUUGGUAUGACACCCUAAUGGCGUCCGAAGCUGGUAACGAGCCAUACUUCGAAAGCUUCACGGACGGACAGCGUGUGAAGGCGUAUAGCAGCGACGAAGCCAUUGCUGUCACAAACAACGCCUCUCCGUAUCGCAACAAGCAUCCAGGUUACAGCCUGCCGGCCGACGUCGAAUUUCCACCUGACGAUUGA